CAAACAGCCGAGUACCGAGACACACUCCCACCGGAAGCAUCAGGAUGGAACCGGGCGUGAUCCGCAAACUGGACCAGGUGGUCGUUAACCGGAUUGCGGCCGGUGAAAUCAUACAACGGCCAGCGAACGCACUGAAGGAGAUGAUGGAGAACAGCCUCGAUGCGCACUCGACCAGCAUACAAAUCACGGUGAAAUCCGGGGGCCUACGCUCACUCCAGAUCCAGGAUAACGGGACGGGUAUCCGGCGCGAGGACCUGGAGAUCGUCUGCGAAAGGUUUACCACAUCGAAGCUGAAAUCCUUCGACGAUCUCUCCUCGAUCAGCACGUACGGAUUCCGGGGCGAGGCACUGGCCAGCAUCAGCCAUGUGGCGCACCUGACGAUCGUGACGAAAACCAAGACGGAAAAGUGUGCCUUCAAGGCGUGCUACGAGGAUGGGCUGUUGAAAGGAGACAUAAAACCGAUCGCGGGUAAUCAAGGCACCCAGAUCACGGUCGAUGAGCUGUUCCACAAUGUGCCGAUGCGUCGACAAGCGUUGAAAACACCGAACGAGGAAUUCCAACGCAUCUCGGACGUGGUGAGCCGGUACGCCGUACACAAUCCGCAGGCCAGCUUUGUGUUGAAAAAGUUUGGCGAAACGGCAAGCAUUCGAACGGUGGCCGGAGCGACGGUGGCACACAACAUCGGGGCGAUCUAUGGGGCCAGCAUCGGGAAAGCGUUAAUACCGGUCGAGCUGAAGGACGAUGUACUGCAGCUUACCGUCGAUGGUUUCGUGACGAACGUGAACUUUUCGCUGAAGAAACCUAUCUUCCUGCUGUUCAUCAACCAUCGAUCGGUUGAGUGUAGCGCACUGCGGAAAGCUAUCGAUGCGAUCUAUGCACUUUACCUUCCCAAGGGCACCUCACCGUUUCUGUAUCUUUCGCUUGAGCUCAACCCCAGCAACGUGGACGUGAACGUGCAUCCGACUAAGCACGAAGUGCACUUUCUACACGAGGAAGAAAUCGUCGAACGGAUUAAGGCGCUCGUGGAACGCGUUCUUUUAGGUGGUAAUGCGGCACGCACCUACACGCAGGCGUUACUUCCGGGAGCACCGGAUCCCUUAUCCGACACGACGAAGCAAAACGAAUCGAUCGUUGGCGGUGGGGUCGAUGAGAAACCACGGCUUGACUACAAAUUCGUCCGCACCAGUCACAGCGAGCAGAAGCUGGAAAAGUUUUUCGGAAUGAGUCAAUCAAUCAAGAGUGAGCCCGGGGGCGAAGGAGAGAAGCAGUUGGAUUCAUCUCUACCUAAACUCACGCAACCAUCUCCGUCGAGGAAGAAGAAAGUGGUCAAAGAAACCCGACUAACGAGUGUUCGCAACUUACGGCAGCAGAUCGAAGAAGGCUGUGAUGAAAAUCUGCGUAGAAUCUUCCGCGAGCUCACCUUUGUCGGUACGAUCGAUCGCGAUCAGACACUGAUACAAUACGACACCAAGAUGUUCAUUGCAGCCACCCAACCACUGGCAGCCGAGCUGUUCUACCAACUGCUAGUGUUCAACUUUGGUAAUUUCGAACGAUUAACGCUCUCCGAGCCUCUCGAGAUACGUCGAUUGGCACUGCUCGGGCUGGCUAAUCCCGAGAGUGGCUACACCGAGGAGGAUGGUCCGAUGGAAGAGCUGGCCGAUCGCGUGGUAGAGAUCCUUAUCGAGAAGGCGGGCCUUAUGAGAGAAUAUUUCAAUCUUUCCGUUCGCCGUGAUGGUUAUUUGGAGUCACUACCGGUACUGCUCGAUAGCUACAUACCUUCUGUCGUUUUUCUCCCGAUGUACGUGCUCCGCUUGGCCACUGAAGUCGAGUGGGACGAGGAACAGGAAUGCUUCCGUACGUUUUGCCGAGAAACGGCCACGUUCUUCGCACGCAUCGCUCUCACGAAACCGGACAAGGAGUACCGGUGGGAGGUAGAGCACGUAAUCUAUCCGGCCAUACGCAACUUUCUCAUUCCACCAAAGUCGUUCGCAAAGAACGGAUGCUUACUGCAAAUUGCCAAUCUACCGGAGCUGUAUCGAGUUUUUGAGCGGUGUUAACUGG